GCCUAGCAACAGCGCAGGCUCCGGGCCGAGUCCGUUAUGGUCGCUGCCGCCUCUGGGAGGAUGAGGGGCUUCGUGCGGACGAGACUGCUGACCGGACUCAGCUUGCAGGCCCGCGCGAGGCUAAUGCAGCCGCUGGUCCUGGUGCUCCUGCUUGCAUCCGCCCUGUCCAGUGUUGUGUCACAGAACCACCCUGAUCUCAGCUCAGAUACUUCUCAGAAUUUGCCUGCUUCCCCUGGGAACCAAAGCCACUCCGUGUCCCCCUUGAAUACCACCAUGCUGCCGCCCAUGCCAAGUACCAAGAGUAGAGGGGCCUCUGCCACCCCCCAGGCCUCCCACACCACUUCCCCGCCCCAGGAGGAGCCUGAGAACCACGAAGAUCCCAGCAUGGAGGAGGAGGAUCUGCUCACGCUCAACAGUUCUCCGCCCACUGCCAGGGACUCUCCAGAUGCUGGCGAGUACGGAGAGCCGGACUAUGACUGGACCGCCAGCCCCCGGGAGGCCGAGGCCGAGCCUGAGCCCGAGGAGAACUUAGAAGAGAACAGGGGCUACGUGGAAAUUGAACACUCAGUGAAAUCUUUUAAGACCCCAUCCUCAAAUAUGGGAGAAGAAGAUAGCCAUUUCUUUUUCCAUCUUAUUAUUUUUGCUUUUUGCGUCGCUGUUGUUUAUGUUACAUAUCACAACAAGAGAAAGAUUUCCCUUCUGGUUCAGAGCAGGAGAUGGCGUGAUGGCCUCUGUUCUAAAACAGUGGGGUACCAUCGUCUGGACCAGAACGUGAAUGAGGCCAUGCCAUCGCUCAAGAUCACCAACGAUUACAUUUAUUAAAGUGCUGUGAUUUGUUUGCUUAUUAUGUAAUUUUACUUGCUCAACUUUUUUUUAUAUGAUAUUGUGCAGAUGUUUGCCGUAGGAAUUGGUACUUGCUGAGAAGUGGAUCUGUUUUUGCCUUGGUGCUUUGAAAAUUAAAUGUCACAAAUGAGGGGUACAUUAUGUUUUCCUCGCCUGAGCUGAGUUCAAUCAGGUGUUCAAAAUGUGAGUUGAGCAUUCCCUUAUAUUUAUGGUGUUUUGUUGUUUUAGAUUUAUUGUACUUUUUCUAGAAGCAAUGCUACUUUCACAAGAUCCUGAAUUUUUAAUCAAAGUCUAACAGACCUGGUACUGCUAACACAAGCUCACUCUCUCCAUCUACAUACUAAUUUUUAAAUGCACAUUUCUUUAUGAUUCCAAACUAAUGGGUUUAGGAUAUCUGUGAUAAUGUGUUUAGAAAUCCUGGCAGUGAUGAUUCUGCAAUUUGCAGUGUAGAUAGAGUUUUACUUAGAUACCAGUUUUUGGUUUGAAUUGCUGAAUUAAAGUUAGAGACAGAAGCUGCGGUACCAUGCAGUGCAGGCAUGGUGACCGUGUGGGUUCCUCGUUGGUUGCAGGCAGUGGGCGGAGACUGCUGUAGCUAUCAGAUGUGUUCACUGUGUGGCUGUACAGGAACUGGAGUGAACCCUAGGGGCUGCUGUCACGCAAAUACUGUGGCAUUCAGGUCUUUGAAAUUAAAGUUAUACUUGAAUAAAGUUGUUUGUAUACAUAAAGGAUAAAUAUGUAUAAUGACCUUCCCCCAAUUCUUGCUUUAUUUUUCUUUUCAACAGCAGCUGGGAAUUAUUUACUAUGUGUUAGCCUUUUUAUGAAAAAAAGAAGUUGAUCUAUAUGUAAAUAUCUGAUUUGAACCACACCUGACUCACAGGUGUCUUUCCAGAAAAUGUAGUCCCGGUGUCCAUUCAACAGGGCCCAGUGAGCUGGUGGACAUGCGCUUCACAUGCUGGUGAGAGCAGCAGGGUGUCCACCCUUUGUUAGGUGGAGCGGAAGCACAAUGGAAAUACCCCUGAACUGUUUUAUUGCAGUCAUUUUUUCAUAUCUGAAAUUGUAUUAUUUAAUAUUUUGAAUAAGAUUUAAAAAAAUAAAUGGCAAAGGUAUAAACCCA